CCAAAGAAAGGCAAAGAGUCCUGCCCGGCACCGGCGCCGCGCGGGCCGAACCUGCGCCCGGGGAGGGGCGCGCAGAGGGCACUGGGCGCCCGGAGCAGGCGGCGCAGCACCAGCAUUCUGUUAGUGCCGGGAGGCCACUGUGUCAGCAAGCUGAGAGGGAAACUAAGGCAAGAUGUCAGGCCGAAGUGGGAAAAAGAAAAUGUCCAAGCUGUCCCGUUCAGCCAGGGCCGGUGUCAUCUUCCCGGUGGGGAGGCUGAUGCGUUACCUGAAGAAAGGGACAUUCAAGUACCGGAUCAGCGUGGGUGCCCCUGUCUACAUGGCAGCCGUCAUCGAGUACCUGGCAGCGGAAAUUCUGGAAUUGGCUGGGAAUGCCGCAAGGGACAACAAGAAGGCUCGGAUAGCCCCAAGACAUAUCCUGCUGGCAGUUGCCAAUGAUGAGGAGCUCAACCAGCUGCUAAAAGGAGUGACCAUCGCCAGUGGAGGCGUCCUGCCCAGAAUUCACCCUGAACUGCUGGCCAAAAAGCGAGGGACCAAAGGCAAGUCUGAAACUAUCCUCUCCCCUCCCCCAGAGAAAAGAGGAAGGAAGUCCACGUCAGGCAAGAAGGGGGGCAAGAAAUCCAAGGCUGCCAAACCACGGACGUCCAAAAAGUCCAAACCAAAGGACAGCGAUAAAGAAGGAACUUCAAAUUCCACCUCUGAAGACGGCCCCGGGGAUGGAUUCACCAUCCUGUCUUCUAAGAGCCUUGUUCUAGGGCAGAAGCUAUCCCUGACCCAGAGUGACAUCAGCCAUAUUGGCUCCAUGAGAGUGGAGGGCAUUGUCCACCCAACCACAGCUGAAAUUGACCUCAAGGAAGAUAUAGGUAAAGCCUUGGAAAAGGCUGGGGGGAAGGAGUUCUUGGAAACGGUAAAGGAGCUUCGUAAAUCUCAAGGCCCUUUGGAAGUUGCUGAAGCUGCCGUCAGCCAAUCCAGUGGCCUAGCUGCCAAAUUUGUCAUCCACUGUCACAUCCCUCAGUGGGGCUCUGACAAAUGUGAAGAACAGCUUGAAGAGACCAUCAAAAACUGCUUGUCGGCGGCGGAGGACAAGAAGCUAAAAUCUGUUGCGUUCCCACCUUUCCCCAGCGGCAGGAACUGCUUCCCCAAACAGACGGCGGCCCAGGUCACCCUCAAGGCCAUCUCGGCCCACUUCGACGACUCCAGCGCGUCCUCGCUGAAGAACGUUUACUUCCUGCUCUUCGACAGCGAGAGCAUCGGCAUCUACGUGCAGGAGAUGGCCAAGCUGGACACCAAGUAGCCGCGGGCCGGCGCGCCCACAGGAACCGGAAGCGGCUGGGCUCAGUGCCGGCAGCGGGUUGGUUUCUCACGAGCAGAGCGGAGGGUGACGCCGGGGAGGGAGUGAGGCGGCCCGCUGCCGCGCCACGGCGCCUCCGCCUUCUAUAUUCUGGUAAAAAAGCGCCUUGGUGUGUUAUUAGCCAGGUCUCCAGGAGGGUUUUCUUUCCCUGUGUUUUUUUCCUGUUGUUUUAGAACUUUUUUUAAAAAAAAAACAGACCUCAUUUUAGAUUUAUAGCACUGACUUUUACACAAACACAAAUCCUUUCAAAAUUCCUAAAAUCUUCUGCCCCCCCCCCCCCUUUUUUUCCCACGGGAAGCGACUUGGGCUUUGUUGUCUGUGUUCCGUGAUGGAGGGAAUUUGGAAAGACACUUCACUGGUGCUUUUCUGUUUCAGUGUCCCCACCCCGACUCCCAAUAAUACUGUAACUACUCCUAAAAAGGUUUUGCUUCAGGCUGUUUUUGUUUUGUUCUGUUUUUUAAAGAAAAU